AUGACUACAUUAAGACCUUUUACUUGUAACGAUUUAUUUAAAUAUAAUAAUGUGAACUUGGAUCCAUUAACAGAAACUUAUGGCUUAUCAUUCUACAUGCAAUAUUUAGCACAUUGGCCAGAGUUUUUUCAAGUUGCUGAAUCACCCAAUGGAGAAAUUAUGGGAUAUGUUAUGGGUAAAGCAGAAGGACAUGGUGAAAAUUGGCACAGUCAUGUAACAGCAUUAACAGUUGGACCAGAAUAUAGAAGAUUGGGAGUUGCAGCAACAUUGAUGGCAUUUUUAGAAGAAGUAUCAGAAAAGAAAAGAGCUUAUUUUGUGGAUUUAUUUGUACGAGUAUCAAAUAGAGUUGCCAUCAACAUGUACAAAAGACUAGGUUACAUUAUAUAUAGAACGGUUUUAGAAUAUUAUUCUGGGGAUCCAGAUGAGGAUGCUUACGAUAUGAGAAAAGCAUGUUCUAGAGAUGUGGAUAAAUUAUCCGUCAUACCAUUAUCACAUCCCGUUCAUCCAGAAGAUGUCGAUUAA